AUAAGGUUUACAAGAGUUCUACCAUAACUUCAAAGAUCGCCAAUAAAGAUGAAAGGUUUUUGUGUUUUAUUAUUGUUUGUCGCUGUAAAUGUUUUAGCAGAUAAUCUAGCGUCUUAUAAGAAGCAAUUUGUCAUCACAAAUAGACAAAUCCAGAAGGUGAACUCUAGUUCUGAAUCUGGUGUUCCAGUGAAUAUGAAAACUGUAAUUAAAAAACUUAUCGAAGGAGAUGCAUCAAUGACGAGAAUAGUGUUUAUGUUUGCUGCACCAGUACCGACAGACCUAAAACACCUCCGGAAAUACAUAAAAUACCAAAAAGACUUGCAAAAAGUGAUAACCAAAGUCUUAGGUAUUCAUCCUGUUCGUGACAUUGAAAAAAAAGAUUUUGAAAACUGUAAGUUGUCAGACCUUGGAGAAGUGAGAAGAAAACUAAUAAUUGACGUCUCAAACAAUUUGUUGAAAGAAACAGCAAUUAGUUUAAAUCUUAAUCUGCACCCCAUAUCAAGACGCCAGUUGUGUCGGGUGAAAGGAAUGUUCAUAAGUAUACAAACCCCAAAAGAAUAUAUAACAGAAACUGAAGUUGAUGAAGAAUGGUGUUAUGUAACUGAUAUCAACGAGGUUGUUAAGAGAAUCCCUGGCAAGGGGCCCAAAUUGGUUUAGGAAAUAAAGAUCACUAA